AUGGGCUUUUCGGUCGCAAAGCGGAAGGCCCAACGCGCACAUGACCUCAAGGUACUGAUAAUGCGGCGCAGAGUCCGUGCGUGGAAAGUCGCUGUCAGUCAACUCUGGAAGCAGUCUCGCGUUCUUAGACGCCAACACACUGCGGACCGAGACUCUGUCACACCGGAAGACUGGGAUCAGCUAUUUGAGAAAUCUCCUGGCAAGUUGCGCGCCAUUUAUCAAAAGCCUCAUCACAAAGAGAAGUGGCCGAAGGAAGUUCCCUACUUGAACAUGAUAGCGCUGGCAAACUACAAGGCGAAGCGGUACCGGCAAGCGCAUCGGCCACAAGCCGUUCCGAACUUAAACCUUACGGCGGUAAGGGACCUGCAAGAGAAGCUUUGGCCACGAGUGGGGUGGCCGAAAGAAGACCCGUAUUCCAACAACGAGGCACGCGUGGAGUACUGCGAGAAACAUUGGCCGCGAGUCAACUUGCCCAGGAGCGUGCAAUAUCUUGACCUCGCAGCGCGUCUUCCCUACGGGGAGGGUCUUCCACCCGCGAAAUGGGUUGAGGGCGUGCCGCAUGUAGACUACGUCGCGCUCGCUGCCCACAUCGGGAAACCAAAAGCAGAAGCCGAGAAGGUAAGGCGAACAUCAGGCUCUGGUGCACCGCCAUCGCGAGAAACAAGCUGUCACGCUUCACAAUCAACGAUGUCUCGAAAAGAACGAAUGCAUACAUUGCCCAGGCCCCAAUUCGAUGAUCGCUUCCAUGUUGAACUCUUCAAGAAGCGCCAGCAAGAUGCAAAGUACCAAGCCGAGGUCGCCAUGAACGACGUUGCCAUCAAAACUCUGAAGCAGUUCAUCAGGCAGCUUGAUCAAGUCAAAGUUCUUCUUGAGCAGAGCCGGAAGAAUCCUCGUAGCGUUACGGUGAAACAGUGGCAAGAUGCCGCAGAAGGUACAGAUAUCCUUGACACUAAUCUUGAAGCUGCGCAGCGAAUGGAAUUCUCGAGGAGACUUGAGGUAGGUGAGAUUCCUGUGGGUACAGGAGGACAGGGGCUUGUAAAGGGGUUCGAGAAGAUGCGGAGAGAGUGGUCUGGGAGGUAA